GUUGUGUGCAAGCGAACUGGCGCACAAUUUUGGUGGAUCUCUUCGAAGCUGACGAACUAUCUUGCCUUCCUCACACAUCUGUACUUCACUUCACUGCCAACAAAGGAACCAACAAAGGAACCACCAACCACCUCCACUAUGAGCUCUUUCGUCGAUAGCCUAACCCGAAGACUGGAUGAAGAGGUGAUUACCAUUACGGAUGACAGAUUCGUGGAGGAAGAAUUUGUUGUGGUGGAAGAUGACGAUUGGGAAGAAGACGAAUACGAGCUGCCAGUAUGGAUUGCCAUGUUGGGAGUGAUUUUCAUAUCAACGUCGAUUGCUGCAUUCGUGUUCUACAUGUCGUACAAGCACGAGCUCAUCUGUGGCAAACGAUCGGAUCGUGAGGACGGAGAGGAAGAAGAUCAAAAGGUUGCGGAACAGUUGGAACGAGGUCAUGGUGCAAGAGUCUCCGUCAAGAAAUUCGCCGAUGAGGAGGUACCCAACUUUUACGCACUGCCGGAAGGCACGGGGCACACUUCCGGUGCUUCGGUGGAAACAGAAGAAUCUUCCUUGGACUCUGGCAGCGAUGGCAGCAACAACAACAGCAACAACAAGAACGAAAACCUCCAAAGUGUCCGAACGGCCUCCACUGUCAGUACCAGAAGUUCUGCCAGUGUCAGCAGAAGUUUUGCGGCACUCGUCACAACUCCACGAUGUGUUCUGUGCUCCAAAUCCUUUGCCGAUGGAGAGGACGUCGUUCAUUCCAAUAAUCCAGAAUGUCAUCACGAGUAUCACAAGACCUGUCUUGUCAAGCACUGGGCAAAGGCAAAGGGUGGGGUACACGGAAAGUGCCCCGUCUGCAAGGAGACAUUCCAUCCCGAUGGACAAGAAGAAGAAGAAGGAGGAGAAGGGCAUGAUGUACAUGCUUAAACAAUCUGCAGUAUUUGGUGUUGUGGGGUGCAUUACAAACCAAAAAAGCUUGACGGGACACAAUCAAGCAUGCUGGAACGUACAAUGGCCCAUCCACAACCCAAAUUUGACAGAAAUCAAGAGGGAGCAACUUCUUUGCUGCUGUUAGACAAACCACUCAUCGUGUCGUCCGACUCUUCCCAACCGGAUGCGUGAGAGUGGUUUCCUUGUUGCAUAGCUUAACUUGUUUACAUUAACAACUGAAUACUAAUAACUAAUUUCUAAUGUGAAAGUGUGAUAGGCUG